CAUACAUGUGAUGCCAUGUUUAGAAUAUCGUGUUUGAUUCUUAUUGCUAUCAUAUUUUCCGUCCAUAGUAUGCAAAGACAAUUUCUAUAUUCCAUUUUGGAUAAAGAAGUUACCAACUCAUCCCUAGCCAUGCCUUAUGGAGAAGUUGCUAGUCGUGUUUAUUGUGCAGGGCUUUGUUCUGGGGACGACUACUGCAUGGAGUUCUUUUACAACACAACAAGUAGACAGUGCAUUGGGCUCCAUUGUGUAAAAAAGGGAAACUACUCGUAUCAGUUUAUCGCCCCGGCUCCUCUCUCAAUGCUUUAUUUCGGGAAAGAGAUCAACUGGGUAGAAUAUUCUGGUAACUAUUAUUUCUAUGGCGAAGAAAGUGUUACAUGGGCAGACGGCAAGCUGGAAUGCCAGAAAAGGUGUGCACAUUUGGUAGAAAUUGAAACAAAAGAGGAGUCUGAUUGGCUUGCAGCAACAUUUCUAUUAAAAGAAGAUUGUUCGUCCGAUUCUCUUUUCACGUGUACGGCAUGGACAGGAGGUAACGACCUUGACAAUGAAGGUCACUACGUGUGGGACCAUUCGAACACGUCCAUUGUCUUUACCAACUGGAACACCUAUGAACCAAGCCGACUAAACCUGUCAUUUGCCCUCACUCGUGACUGCAUCGACAUGUUUAGAAAUGGGAAAUGGAAUGACAGACCUUGCUCUUAUGGGAACCAAUUUAUUUGUGAGAAAUAAUUUAACCUCUGAAAAAAAUUGGACAUAAGACAACAAAAGUCAUAAAACGUUGGAACCUUGCUCCAUGAAUCAAUUUCAAUGACGUUACACAUACAGUAAAACUCGUUUUGUACAAACACGAAUUUAACGAAAUGUCCGGGAUAUAGCGAAGUUUUGAUUUCGAGUCCCCGGUAAGAUUCUUAAAAAGUUUCACAAUCUGAUUAUCAAAGGUAUUAUACGAAGGUAUUUUUAUUCUAAGCCUUUAAUAGAAAAUAUUGUAGUCUGGUAAAAGAAAAAGUGUGUAAAGUGAAUCCGCUAUAGUUAUCAUUACUAAGUCGUGAUACAGAUAUAAAAAAAAAAUACGAAUAUAACGAAGUAAAUUUAAUGGUCCCUACAAUUUAGCUAUAUCCGAGUUUUAGUUGUACAUAUAAAGCAAUAUAAAGAAGCGAUACGUGUAGCAAACUUUAAAGAAACAAAAUUAUCAACCGAUUUACAACUACAUGUAUGAAAAAUAAUGUUCAAAGUUAAAAUCUGCAUGUAAUAUUUAGAUCAUAUUUAGUAAAAAUUACGCAAUUAAGAUGGUGCGAAGAAUGCAAAACAACUGACCCCUUUCUUAAUCGCGUAAGUUUUAUGGAAUAUGAUCUAACUUACUUAGAACAUAACCCACUUUUUCAUUGGCUGAUCAAAAGUUCAGCGUCAGUCAUAUAUUCUUUCCCUUUUGUUUUCGACUCUCUUAGCUAUCAAUCGAAAUGUGACUCAC